AUGUCGAAAACCUCAGUUAUCAUUUCCCAUUUGAGCAAGCACGAUUUCGUCAAGGAGCUGGGAGAAGCGCUUCCGCUCAGCGACAAGGUCAAGUUGGCGGUUCUAACACACAAGGGCGAUCAAUUUGACGACUUGUUGCCCUUGAUCACCCACUGGCUGAGUCUUCCUUUUCUCAAUCGAAUUGUCAUCAUCUUAGCCACCGAAGACGCUGCGGCGUUUGUUCACGCUUUCUUGCAACAGGCCAUCUCGGGCCAGAAUCCCUCCCUUCAAUUGCCCUCCACAGCCAAGAUUCUGCUUCAGGAGAACCUUUUGCUGACGCUGAAACUGUCAGACAACUUGCACGAGGCCAAAGAUCUCGACGUCACCAAAUCUUUGGAAAGGUUCCGCUCGGUACACGCUAAGGGCGACUAUCAGGAGCCCGAGCCCCAGAAGCUGCCAGAGCUUGGCGCAGCUAAAUCCUACGAUGCCAUAGACUUGCAAAAAUUGGGCAUUGACUCAGCGCAGGGGGUCGCUCCGCCCACGCCUCCCUUGGAGCGGUCGAGACUGGUCACGAGAACGCUCUUCAAGCCGUCGUUGAAAGUCAACACCUCGGGCACUGCUCCCAACGACGCUCCCGUGUCGCCUACAAUUACUCUUGACGAGAGUUAA